AUGUCUGUGGCCCAGAGAAGAGUGUCCCGUGCCGAGUGUGCCAACUGCACAUGCUCGCCGGGCUUAUUGUCAAGAAACAGAAGACUGUCGACUUUUGCUAAGAGAAUCUCCAUCAAGAGAUUCAACUCCCAGCUGGGUUCCCCUAAGGGCUCCCGCAAGGGCUCCGUUUAUACCAUUGACGCUGCUUCCUUGUGUGUUCCAGAGGUCAAGGAGGUUAACACCUCAUUGCGUUUGGAGAAGCUCAGGAAGUUGAUGACCGAGAACGACUUGGGUGUCUAUGUCGUGCCUUCUGAGGACCAGCACCAGUCUGAGUACGUGGCCCCUGUUGACCAAAAGCGUGCCUUUAUUUCGGGAUUUUCCGGAAGUGCUGGUGUUGCUGUGGUGACUAGGGAUGUCAACAGUUUUGGUGAGAUCCCUGAAGGUUCGGCCGCCUUGGCCACCGAUGGCAGGUACUUCACCCAGGCCGUCAACGAGUUGGACUUCAACUGGACCUUGUUGAGACAGGGCCAGAAGGAUGUGCCAUCUUGGGAGUUGUGGGCUGUUCAGCAGGCAGUCCAGCUCUCCGUGGACUCUGGCAAACUUGUCAAGAUUGGUGUUGACCCAAAGUUGAUAAGCUUCCUGUCCUUCGAUAAGAUCACCAAGACCAUCGAUGAGGAGGCCAAGAAGACAAAGGGCUCUAAUGUUGAGCUCGUUCCCGUGAAGAAGAACUUGAUUGAUGCUAUCUGGCCGGACUUCGAGGAGGUCCCCCCGGUGCCUGAGAACAUCAUCAAGGUUCUCGACCAAAAAUACGCUGGAGAGGACGUCAAGUCCAAGGUUGCCAAGGUCAUUGAGGCCGUGAAGGAAAGUUCGUGUGAUGGAAUUGUUAUCAGUGCGUUGGAUGAGAUCGCCUGGCUCUUGAACUUGAGAGGCAGCGAUAUCCAGUAUAACCCAGUCUUCUACAGUUACGUGAUUAUUGAUGCCGACGACAAGAAUGUGACCCUUUAUUCUAACAACAAAAAGUUUGAUACCCCCGUUAGCCUGCAUUUGGAAAAGAACAAUAUCAAGCUCAGACCCUAUGAAGCGUUCUGGGACGACCUUUCAACAUUAUCCAAGAAGUUCAAGGAAUCGAAGAAACAGUUUUUGCUCAACGAUAGCACUGCAUCCUGGGAAAUUGUUCGUACUCUAGAUUGUGAGCAUGUAUCGGUAUCACCUACACCCGUUGAAGACCUCAAAGCUGUGAAGAACCAAACUGAAUUGGAGGGAGCCAAAAAGGCUCACUUGAAAGAUGGGCGAGCCUUGUGUAGAUUCUUUGCUUGGCUCGAGGAGGAGGUUGCUAAUAAGGUCGAGCUUAUUAAUGAAAUCGAGGCUGACAAGAAAUUGUUUGAAUUCAGAUCUCAGGAAGAAAACUUUAUCGGACUUUCGUUUGACACUAUUAGUGCAUCUGGUGCAAAUGGCGCUAUUAUCCACUACAAACCUUCGAAAGAGUCUUGUGCCGUCAUUGAUCCAUCGAAGAUUUACCUUAAUGACUCAGGUGCUCAGUACUUGGAUGGCACCACGGACACGACUAGAUGCGUUCAUUUCGGCAACCCGACACAAGAGGAGAUUGAUAACUACACCUUAGUUUUGAAAGGUAACAUUGGCUUGGGUAGCUUGAAGUUCCCCGAAAAGACGCCGAUCAACGAUACUGUUGCAAGACAAUACUUGUGGAAGAACGGCAAGGACUUUGGCCACGGAACCUCUCAUGGUAUCGGUGCCUACUUAAAUGUUCAUGAAGGCCCAAUUGGACUUGGUCCAAGAGCCAAUCCGAAAAACCUUUUGAAACCUGGCCAUUUGAUCUCCAAUGAGCCUGGAUACUAUGAAGAGGGCGAAUAUGGUAUUCGUAUCGAGAAUGUGAUGUUCGUGAAGCCAAGCGGAUUAGAGUACAACGGCAAAAAGUUCAACGAGUUUGAAACCGUCACGAGAGUGCCAUUCUGCCGUCGUUUGAUCAACCAAAACUUGUUGACUAAGGACGAGAAGAAAUGGAUAAAUGACUACCAUGCUACCGUGUGGAAGGAGUUGAGCGACACUUUUAUCAAGAACACCAUUGAAUGGGCCUGGUUGAAGAGAGAAACUGCUCCAUUGAAAUAA